AUGGCGCAGCUGGAGCUGCUGUGGGCAGCCGCCGCGCUGAUGCUGCUCGGGGCCACCGUCAGCCUUUGCAUCAAGUGCCAGCUCUCCGCUACCAAGCGAGAGAAGCAGUCGAGUGAGCGGAGGAGCCAGAAAACCACCAAGGAGCUCGGUGCCUCCUGCCGUGCUGGAUACGGGUGCAGGACCGAGUUCAGGUAUCAGAAUUUCCUGACAGAGGACUGCCUGCGAGGGGACAUUGCUUACGUGGAGCCCAUAUCUCUGGAUUACUACAACUGUGCCCAGUUCUUCACACCACCCAACGAGAAAGAGGAGGAUUCCCAUUCCUAUCAAAACAUCAUCACUGGAGUGUCUCACGGCUCCGAUCCGGACACAGAUGAUGCUGCAGACUAUGAGAACAGCGUGGCGAUACACAUAUGGAAACUCCAGCAAGCAGAAGCUCUGCAGACAGAAAGCCUGGAUGAUGAGCCAGACUACAUCAACACAGACCCCGCGUCAGGCCCUGCCCCUCUGUCAAAGCAAAAGUAA